ACCCCCUCGUCCAGAUUGGGGGUUUCUUUUUCCUUAUCCACCUUUUCCUAUCUUCAUUAGCUCACAAAGAAAAGAUUGAUCAUUGAGAAGAAAAAUAAGGAAAUGUCAGAAAAACACCUCUCAUCCUAUGAGUCGUAUCUCUCAAAUUUGGAUUCUCUCAUAUUCGGCUCUCCUGACAUAGCGACUCAGUCUGAAAAGGAUAUCAAUGAGGAACUAGCAUUAUGGAGUAAUACUCAAUUCACAUUUGACUUUAAACCUAAAUCAAUUAUAAAUGUAACCGAAGGGACCGACAUUGAAAAGAAGCAGUUAUUAGUGAAGAGUCCAGAAGUGGUGGCUGCCGCUGAGCAGUUUGAAAAAGCUACCGGGCUAGAUCCACUCACUUAUGAAUCUUUGGCAAACUAUCUGGAUUGUGAGCUACCGAGACAACAAGGAGUUAACCUGAUGGCUACUGUUCGUAACAACAACAGUAUUAGCAAUAAUGACACUAUUAGUGCGAAGCGACGACCUUCGGAAUCAUUGACAGCAGCAGUAGCACCAGUGACACCAGUAACAACACGACGUAUUCUACCUCGACCUUUAGCGCCUGCACCUGUUUCACCUGCUCUUUCCAAUAGUAUGCCUACUAUUGCACCUGCACCAAUCUCUAAACGUCAGAUAUUGUUGCCCAAGACGACGUUGGAAUCUACAAGCAUUGCUAUUCCUUCUUCAACAACAACAACGACGAUAAAGCUUACGCCACAAAAACGUUCAAAACCCAGUGAUGAAUUACUCAUCAACGAAGAAAAAAGUACUAAAGGUAACGUUCAGUUAGAUGACGAUAAACGUCGUCGUAAUACCGCUGCUAGCGCACGAUUUCGAGAAAAGAAGAAGUUACGUGAACAAGCCAUGGAGCAAUCUGUUCGUGAAAUGACGUUAAAAUCAAAUAAACUUCAGGAACGAGUUGAUCAGCUCGAGCAAGAGAUCAAGUUUCUUCGAGAUUUAUUAUUGGAUAAAGUAGUAGUUGUGAAGCCUACAACGGCCUCCUCUACUGCUACUGCACCUACGGAUCAAAAUCAGUAGCGUAGGUCACAAGAGCAACAACAAGCUUUAGAUGUAUAUAAAUUCAACAUUUUUCUACAUUUUAUUCUAUACAUAUUUCAACAUAUACCAAUUUCCUGUUUCUAGGAUUGAAAACAAUUCGCAGCCUUUGCAGCUUAUACUUGUAUAUUCAACAUAACACUUACUUUCAUAUGAAAUUCAACAUUUACUAUAUCCUUAUCUGUAACAUAAUUCAACAUAAAUGUUCAUUUUCUUUCUGUACGCUUGUAAAUUCAACAUACUACAUAUAUUGAUUUUUUAUUAUUAUUAUUUUUUUAUUCUGUUUCAUUCUACCUUAAAUAAAUCAAAAUUCAAC